AUGGUCCCAUCGUCAAUGAGUCGCCCACUCUUGGAGACAUUUAGGUAUGUCCCCGGUAGCAGCAAUGGCCCUGCAGAGAAUGAUAUCACACCCGUGUCGCAAACGCAAAGCGCUAGAGCGCGCUUCCUCGUGGCUACAUCGCACGACGAUCGACACGAAGCUGCCGACGCGUUUAAGGGCAAACUCCAGACCUUUACAAGCGACCAGGUUGCUUUGCCAGGCACCGAGGCCUACAGUCGCUUGAACUACGAAUAUCUUUCUAUCCGGCAACGCGAACAUACGCCAGCAGCCAUCUUCGAGCCUAAUAGUGCGGAAGACAUCGCGCAGUUUCUCCGCAUUAUCAAGGCCAAUAAAGCGAAGUUCGCUAUCCGCGGUGUAGAGUUUAAGCCCGAUGAGGGUAUCGUGUCUGUGGGCGCUGGCGUAACCUGGGGUCCGGCUUAUGAGAAAGUGCAAGCUGUAGGACUUAGCGUAGGGGGUAGUCGAUCUGUUAAGGGCGGCAUUGGUGGUCUCGCGCUCUUCGGUGGCCUUUUUUUCUUCUUUACGCGUGAAGGUUUCAUCUGCGAUAAUGUGGUCAAUUUCCAAGUAGUCCUCGCCUCGGACCUAUGGAGAGCUCUCAAAGGGGGCGGCAACAACUUCGGCGUCGUCACGCGUUUCGACCUUCGCACCUGUCCCCAGGGCUCUUUUUGGGGAGGCUUCAUCCUCUACGCGGUUACGGGUGAUAACUAUUCGAGGCAAGUUGAAGCUAUGUCGAAGCAAUUCGGUGGCAUUAUGAUGGGGCUAAACGAGAUCUACUACACCGGGCCCGAUGCCGCUUCGGUGUACGGAUCUAAAGGCGAGACCACCGGAAAAGCCCGUGUCCCGCCCAUGCUCGAACCGUUCACGACCGUUGAGAAUCAGGUAGGCAGUCUCAAUUCGCUUAGGAUCAUGACCCUGGUAGAAGGCGCUACCGAACAUGCUAUGGCAUCGCAAGAGCACGUAUGCUGCGCUUACAUGAACUGCACCGUACGAGCUGACAAAAAUACUCUGCUUGCUGCCGCCGAAAUAUACUCAAAGGCCAUCGAACACCUGAAGCCAGUAGAGGGAAUCACACUCUGUUUGACGCUGGACGGCUACCCCAACUCUGUUCUGCGGAAGACAGAGGAACUAGGGGGAAACGUGCUGGGUCUUAAUGCUGGAGAUUCGUUGAUUUCGGUUCUAUUGCUGACGUACUGGAAGAACAAGGAAGGCGAUGAAAAUAUCAUACUUGUUCUCCAGAAGGCUUUGGGUGAUAUUGAGAAGGAUGCAGAGCGCCGCGGCCAAAUAGUUCCGUAUGUCUACUUGAACUAUACAUCCAGUUUUCAGGAUCCGUUUACGUUAUAUGGCGAGGAAAAUAAGAGGUUUUUGCAAGAAGUUAGCCGCAGGUAUGAUCCUUAUGGGCUAUUCCAGAACAGUUUCCCUGGAGAAUUCAAACUACUUGCUUAG